UUUCAACUCUGGUUUGAAAAUAUGUGAUCAUAUGUAAAUGCCCCAGAAUACUCCACAAUUAACUUCAGGCCAUCAUCAUCUUGAAGAGUGCUACACAUGGGUUGCACUGAUCAGAUGGAGUGUAGUGGUGUGGAUACUCCAAUACGGAAGUCCUGGAGGGAUGAUGUCAGUCUUCGUCGAAACCAGCAGUACCAAUCAAACCCUCAAGAGACGAUAGCGAUAACGACGACGAUGGCCGAUGAGAUAUACAUACCAGGACUAACCAAUCCCAGUCUUUUCCAGGAAUUACCAUCCCUCAAUGGCUUCCAACGUCUGGUUCCCCAAGACCUAGCCCACCAAAUCUACAAGGAACAACUCGACCAACACUCCCGAUCCUCUUCCUCCUCCUCUUCUGCCGCCCAGCUGGCCGAAUCUUGCUCAUGGAGAGCCUUGGCCAUGCUUUCGCGACAGCAGAUCAUCGGCUUGGACCCAUCCCACACUGGCUCGAUCCUCCAAGCUUGGUCGUACCGAUUCCUGGCGCUCUAUCAGCUCCGUCAGCCACGCUUAAUAGCCCGUGAGAUGCUCGGCCUGUUCUCGACAAUCGGCCAGACGCUUCCUCUGACUGAGAUCCUGCUCGACCUCAGCCCCGCAACCGUGGCCUGCUCCGCCCAGAAUACUGCACUUCCAAACCCCAAGAAAGCCCUCCCGGAUAUCAUCCCUUUCUCUAUCCUCGUUCUUCGCGCUCGCUUGCCCGUCCUUCUCGCCCCUCAUCAGCACUUACCUGUCAUCAAAACUUCCGACGGUUUGUUCGAGCUACUCGAAGGUUGUAAACGGAUGAUUGAUUAUUAUGAUCAUUACUCCCAAGAUUCCGAGGAGAAAAGAUCGCAGAAAGAGCUUUGGAGGAUGAGGAUCAAAGAGAUUAUGGGGUUGCUAGCGUCCUUAUUUGCGGGGCAUGGGUUCCAACCGGAUGGGAUUUCAGACGGGACACGAGGAGGGGGUCGGGUGUAUGUACCAGACCGACUGAUAUCGUUGGGGCUGGUGCAGAGUCUAGCGAAGGAGGACGAGGGGGAGGUGGGGGGAGAGGCCCAGAAGUGGGUGGAGAUGGAGACGAAGCUUUGGCUCGAGCUGGGUGCGCUGGACCGGGCAGACAAACUGCUCGAGAAGCUUGAGCCUACCCAUCCACUUUCCCUCGUUCGUGCCAUCUUCGCCGGCCAGUUUGUUGACGUUCCCGCCCGCUUCCUCCCCCUUGCACAAGCCUCUCUCGCUAACGAAGAUCCGCCAGAUUUCAACCUCCUCAAUAACCUUGCUAUCGCCCUUUUGUACUCCGGAAACCUAUCCCAAGGCUUCUCAAUCAUGCAAGCCUUGAUGGAAAAACUGACUCCAAUCCCGGGAGUACCGGCCAUCGAUGAUGACUCCGAAGGAGCCAAGGAAGCCGUUCACCAGAGGCCGCAGAGCAGAGACCAAUGGUUGCGGGCCAACGGGCCGAUGAACGGAAUGAUAUUGAAUUAUGCGACAUGGAUCGAACUGGCCUCUGGGUCUGAUAGCGAGCGGAUCAAGAGGGACUUCCUCAUCCGUCUCCUUCAAUCCUAUCCUUCCUCCUCUGAGGCUACUAAGAAUCAAAGUCAGAUCGAGUUCCCUAUCCAUAGGAUCGCUGACUUGGUUUCCUUGAGCUGCUUUAAAUUCCCUGCUUCCUACUUUCAGUCAACUCCUUAAUCUCUUCAUUAUUGUCGUUUUUCUUCCUAAGGAUGUAUCAGUGAAAGGAAAAGAGUGUUUGGUUUCUAUCUUGUAAAUUGAUCUAGUUGGCCUUUUGACAAUUAACACUUAUUGGUAGGGUCUCCCGGCCCAUCGGAGUCACGCAAAUGAGGUAAAUUCAAUGUCCACCAACUUGAUUGAAG